UUCUACUAUUCCCCGUAUGCUCCGUAAUUUUUUGUGCUCGAUAAAACGAGAGUGUUUAAAACGAGAAGGCCCAACCAGCGUUAACGCGAUUCCGAUUUCCCGAAAUUCUGUUUCUUCAGCAGAAAAAUUCACUCCUAAGAAACGAGGAACUCUUCGAUCUCACAGAGACUUGCAGAUUAUUUUGCAGAAACACUCACAUAUACAUACUGUUGUGUGAAAGUAUCCGGGCUGAAUUCCGAGGAGGAAAUGAUGGUGGAAGAGUCGAGCUUGGAUCGAUAUCGAUGGGCGAUGUGGGCGCUGCCAUUGAUGGCGAUGUCCGUAUUGUUCGAGAAAGGCGAAGCCAUAUGGCUGAGCCUUCCCGGGAGCGGAACCAAAUGUGUAUCGGAGGAAAUCCACAACAACGUCGUCGUUUUGGCGGACUACGUCGUCAUCUCCGACGAUCAUGUUCAUCCCACUCCCACCAUCUCCGUCAAGGUAACAUCACCAUAUGGAAACAACCUUCAUCAGCAUGAGAAUGUGACACAUGGUCAGUUUGCUUUCACAACCACAGAGGCUGGCAACUAUCUAGCUUGUUUUUGGGUUGAUGGACAUAACCCUAGUGGUGGGAGUUUAAGUGUAAACCUUGAUUGGAAAACUGGAAUUGCUGCGAAGGACUGGGAGUCAGUUGCAAGAAAGGAGAAAAUAGAGGGUGUAGAACUCGAGUUGAGAAAGCUUGAAGGCGCAGUAGAGGCCAUCCACGAAAAUCUACUAUAUUUAAAGAGCAGAGAAGCAGAGAUGCGAACUGUGAGCGAGACGACAAACGCGCGAGUUGCUUGGUUCAGUCUCAUGUCUUUGGGCGUCUGCAUUGGGGUUUCGUUUCUUCAAAUCACGUAUCUGAAGCAAUUCUUCCAAAAGAAGAAGCUGAUUUAGGGGGUUUCUUUCCGAAUCUCGCGUUUCCACGGGAGGAUUGGAGUUUUUGAUGAUGAUCAUGACUAGAAACCUCCUUUGUUCAGAUUCUCCAACUGCAGGGGAUGAUGAGUGGAGUAAGUAAAACUCUGCAUUUUGCUUGAAAUGGGGGAAUGAAUGGAAGGAUUUGACAUCUCUAUCUCUGUUUUGCUUAGACUUAAUGCAUGAAAGGAAUUUGGCAACUCAGAUUGAGUCUAUUUUUUGGUAGAUGUAAAUCCAGAUGGAUGCUUAUAGUCUUUCUGUUUCAUACCCUAAUAAAAACAUAGUGGCUUGAUAGGUCCCACCCACCUCUUCUCCUUCCCCUUGCACCCCACACUAGAUUCUUUGGUUUUGCAUCUAAUAAAGCAUUGUAACCUCU